AUGCCUCCAAAAAAUAAGCAGAGGAAAGUGAUACAUCAAGAUGAACUGCGACGGUUAAUGAGAGCGAAACAAAGGCAAACGAUAGAUAAGAAUCGUGUCGAAUCCCCAUACGCCAAGUACAACAGUCUCGAUCACCUUAGCUGCGUACUCUGCAACGAGCGGGUAAAGAAUGAACUAUUGUGGCAGACUCACAUUCUUGGAAAACAGCACAAGGAGAAAGUUGCCGAGCUCAAGGGGUCUAAACAAAGUUCUACAAGUCAAGGACCCCAGCCCCCGCUGAAAAGGAAAGCAUUGGAUUCUGAAGACACGAAUGGGAAGAAGUCUAAACCAGUGGCAGGUACAGAGAAGUCAUCUACGUCAAGGCUGCCUGAUGAUUUCUUUGCGAAACCUGCCCCGCCAGGGCCGAAGAAACUAACUGGAAUUUUGAAAAAAACGACAUCUGCUGGAUUGAGUCUGCUGGCCGGAGUCUAUGAUGAGGACGACAAUGAUGAAGAUGAGGCUGGUGACCAGGGGGCAGCCUCUAGCUUGGUUGUGCAGAAGGGGGCACCUGCCCCAGGACUCCCACCUGAUUUCUUUGACAACAGCACCAUUCCAGCAGUCCCAGCUGCUUCUCAUUCGGGGUCUAUCCUCAAACCAGAUGAAACUGAGAAGAGUGUGGAGAAGAAGGGAAAUACACCUGAAGCACUACCAGAAGGCUUCUUUGACGACCCAGUGAGAGAUGCCAAAGUCCGUAAUGUGGAUGCCCCCAAAGAUCAAAUGGAUAAGGAGUGGGAAGAGUUCCAAAAGGAAAUGCGGCAGGUGAACACCAAAUCAGAGGCCAUUGUAGCUGAGGAUGACGAGGAGGGUCGUCUUGAGCGUCAGAUUGAUGAAAUUGAUGAGCAAAUCGAAUGUUACCGGAGGGUUGAGGUAUUGAGAGAUAAGCAAGAUAUGGUGAAGAAGGUUGUGAAGGAGAAAACAGAAAACCAGGAAGACUCCAGCGGAAGCGAUGAGGACGAAGAAAAACUUCUCCACUUGUUGUCAAGGGACUGGCGGGCCAAAGGGGCCCUUGCUUAA